AUUUGUUCCAAAGUAACCUUGAUCGAGCUCUGCGGAGGCGUUAGAGAUAUGGAUAUAACGACGCCGAUAUAUAAAUACACAAUUCAGACGCAGAUAAAUUAAUUUAAGAGCAUAGGCAAACAUAUAAUUUUAAAUCGUCCAAAAAGAGAGGACCGACUAUCAGACGAUGCGCUGCUUAUCUUUGCUAGGACUCUUAGCAUUGGCCAGUGUCUGCAAGGGUGAUUCCUUCGCAGAUAACGGAACACACUGGAUAGUGCUUCCAACCUCCAUCACACCCGGACAACCUCUGCCGUUGACAUUCAACUUCUACAACACAACUCGUGACGUCACAGUUCAAAUUGACCUUUUGCAAUAUGAUCACUCCUCACUGAACAUCAUGGGGCACAUUUUCAGAAAUGGACGCGGUGGCCUACUACAAAUGCAGGUCCCUAGCAACUUGAAAGACAUAGGUCGGCCAUACGACUUGCUUGUGUCCGGCAUCGAAGGUGUCUUCUUCCAGCAACAUGCUCAGCUUGUCUUUGAUCCUGGCUUUGUACCGAAACGGUUCGCGGUACAGGUUCAACUCGACAAGGCCAUCUAUCAGCCGGGACAGACAAUUAAUUUCCGCACUUUCGCCGUCUACUCGGACAUGACGGUGUUCAACGGACGAUUCGACGUCGAUAUAUAUGAUCCCAAGGGCAAUCACAUGAAGAAGAUGACGAAUGUCUCAUCGGGCGUCUACGGAGUUGUAGAGGACCUAAUGAUCAUGGAUGAUGAACCGGUGCUUGGAAAGUGGCGUAUAGAGUCUAAGGCUAUUGCACACAAACAUGAAAACGUGUCUUACUCUGAUCAGACGGCCACCAAAUAUUUUACAGUGGACAAAUAUGUCCUGCCAAAGUUCGAUGUCCAGGUACAAUUGCCUAGCUAUGUUGUGACCACGGACAGUUCUAUGCAAGGAUCUGUAACCGCCAAGUAUACGUACGGCAAGCCAGUUAUGGGAAAGGUUUUUGUACAGGCUGAUAUUAACUAUGGUUCUGCGCCUUGGAAAUAUAGAGGGGACGAGGUUAUGGUGGAAACGUCCCUUGAUAUCAAUGGAGAUGCAAAAUUCAACAUCCCGUUCGACAAAAUCCUGCAUGAGGUUGACCCGUCUACCUACGAGCCUUUGGUCACGAAACUAGCUGGGUAUUAUCUCGUUGUGAAAGUCAGCGUCACCGAAAGUCUGAACAACAUCACACGCAAUGCAACUGCAAUGGUACAGUUUUACUCUGAACCAUACAAACUCCAGUUUAGUAGAGGCACAAGUCCGACUUUCUUCAAGCCAGGACUGCCUUAUAUCGGACACGUUUCCCUAGCACAAGCGGAUGGUCGCCCAGUCAUCUCUAAUGUAACAGACGUGCUUGUGAAGAGCUAUGUCAAAUUUUACGACAGCCAGCACGGAAAAUACCGAGCACAGACACUUCCUGACGUCCACUAUGCCCCGCCCCCAACCGGUGUCCUUGAGUUCACAGUGGACCCACCGGAGAAUGCAUACUCGCUGCAUCUUUCAGUCCAUUACAAAGGACUGAAGGACACGUACGACAUGUCAAAACCAUAUUGGCUAAUUGAAAAGGGAAACCUGCAAUUGUCUCAGACCAACGACUCAAUGAUUGGUGAAAUGGUGGACUUCAAACUACUGGCAGCUGAGCCGAUGCAAGACUUGUAUUUUGCUGUGGUUACGAAUGGACACGUGACCCAUUCUGGAAUGAUACGAUACAGCGGUGCGGUCAAGGAAGGUCACAUAAUCUUCCAAGUUACGGACAAUAUGAAGCCAUACAGCAAGCUGAUUGUUUAUUACUUCACGACGGACGGGUGGAAUGCGGACUCCAUUCAUUUCACGACCAGCCAUACGGCUAACGUUUUCAGGAAUUCGAUUUCUAUGUCUUUUGACCGGCCCACUGCCGAACCAGCAGAAAACGUUUCUCUGCAAAUUACCACCGACCCACAGUCCUUGGUUUGCAUCCUUGCAGUGGACCAGAGCGUGUUGCUAAUGGCAACAGGAAAUGACGUCACUCAGCAAGAUGUAAUAACUUCAUUGAAACCCGAUGACCGACCUUCGAUCGAUGCAGAUGAAUUGCACAACCCACAACAAGUCAUGCAGACAAGGGGCAUACAAGUUCUUUCCGAUGUGAAAGGGUUUUCAUGGGCAAGACCUCACUACAAACGUCAGAUAGACUGCGGACCACCAACUGGGAGCACUGGAAUUGGAGGACAACCGCUGCAACAAGUUGAACACACUCGAGACUUCUUUCCUGAAACCUGGUUAUGGUAUAGCGCAAUAUCAGACCAAGACGGGGCAGCCCUUUUAGAAGCCACAGUUCCAGACACCAUCACGUCUUGGUUUGCCACUGCGUUUUCCAUAAACAUCGCUUCCGGCAUUGGAAUAACGGACGGUCCAUCUAAGUUUACGACAUUCCGCCCAUUCUUUAUCAACCUCAAUCUGCCCUACUCUGUGAUUCGAGGAGAGCAGGUCGUGCUUCAGACCAACGUGUUCAACUACAUGGGGCAGGACAUAGAUGUGGUCGUUACGCUCGCGAAAUCAAGUGACUUUGAUGUGGUCCAGAAUCAGAGUGGUCGCAUUCACUAUAUAUCAAAGGAUAUUGUAAACACGAUUCAUAUAAAGGCCGGCGAGGCAGCUUCAGUGUUCGUUCCUAUCGUCCCCCGAAUUGUCGGCAUGGCGGAAAUCUCCGUGAAAGCGCAGUCCACACUGUCCGCUGAUGGAGUCAAGAGGCAGCUCAGAGUGGAAGCGGAAGGCAAGAAGAUGCACUUCAAUGUCCCGGUCCUUCUGAGCGAGUUGAACCCCACAGACGUUCAGCUAGCUUUCCCGGAUAAUAUCGUGCCCGAAUCGCAGAAAAUCCAGGUGUCAGCAAUAGGUGACAUCAUGGGUCCAACCCUAAAUAAUCUUAAGUCCCUGCUUCGCUUACCCACCGGAUGUGGCGAACAGACGAUGACCAGCCUAGCCCCGGAUGUGUUUGUAUACAAGUACCUCAACACUUCCGGUCAGCUGACACCGGAUGUCGCAGAGAUGGCAUUGAAUUACAUGCAGCAAGGUUAUCAACGCGAGCUGACGUUCCAGAGAUACGAUUCUUCAUUCAGUAUUUGGGGCAAGAGUGACAAUAUGGGUAGCAUGUGGCUCACGGCGUUUGUCCUGAAGUCCUUUGCCCAAGCCUCACUGUACAUUUAUGUGUCUGACGCCGUUAUUGCCAAUGCUGCAAGAUGGAUGACCAGUUACCAGAGUUCGGACGGCUCUUUCCCGGUCAUGGGAUCGGUGCAUAGCACACAACUGCAGGGAGGCGGAACAUCUGUUUACAGUUUGACAGCAUUUGUGCUGAUUGCACUCGUGGAAAGUGAGCGUAUCUUAAAGAACGACUACCGUAUUACAAACAGCGCUACCAGAGCCAGGGCAUAUCUUGAACUACAUCUCGAUAAUCCAAUGAAUGUACAAAAUCUUGCUUUGAUGAAUGAUACGUAUGACCUCGCUAUUACGGCAUAUGCGCUGGCAAUGGCUGGAAGUUCAAAGUCUUUCCUUGCAUACACAAAGCUUAGCCAGAGGGCUACGUUUACCAAUGAUGGCAUGAAGUACUGGAAGUUGCCCGGUCCACAAAACUCCUACAACUACUGGGAAACAUUUUACGCCAAGGAGUCUCCUCUCUCGGUAGAGGCAACAUCGUACGUCCUUCUCUACCUUCGUACAAACCAGACAACUCUCCGAGGGCAUGCCAGUCAUGAAAUGGCUCGUCUCCCAGCGAACUCUCUCGGUGGCUUUACGUCCACGCAAGACACUGUCCUGGGUUUGCAGGCAUUAUCAGAGUUUGCUUACAUCACGUCCAGUAACCUUGACCUCAACAUUGACGUUGUUGCACACCAAUACCAUAAGAAGCUCCAUGUAACGAAGAAUGAUGCCAUGGUUUUGAAACUGCUCGAUAUUCCAUUCAGUGCCAUUCCCACGUUCCGACCACAUGGUUCCCAGACAACUCCUGCUAACUAUGAACCGCCGUCAGUAUCAAUAGAGGCUCAUGGAAACGGAAAUGCUCUUGUUCAGGUAUCUGUGUCAUUUAACGUCGAGACAGAACCUUCCCAGCCUGCAUUCAACCUCACGGCCGAAGUGGUCCAGGACUCACUGCAUUCCAUUGUUGUCAAAACGUGCGCCAGAUACUUGUAUGCGUACUACCAUGGCCCGGGCAUGGCCGUCGUAGAGAUUGAUGUUCCCACUGGUUUUGAGGCGGACCUCGAGAGCAGAUUCUCUGAUAUUUCUCUGUCGAGAAAAUCUGAAAUCAAGGACCAGAAAACCGUCGUUCUCUACUAUGACGAGAUCAAUCCGAACAUGGAGACCUGCUCCUUUGUUGAGAUGCUCCGUUCUGACCUGGUGGCCAACAUCAAGCCGUCUGCAGUCAGGGUCUACGACUACUAUGAACCAGAACGUUUCAAGGCCCUGAGCUUCUACCAGUCCUCCAUCCUGAGGGACUCCUCCUUCUGUGACAUCUGUGCCAACUGUGGCUGUUAAAUGGUCAAUCAAAAAAAAAACAAAGCUCUGUCAAAUAACUAUAAAAUAGCCUACACAUAUGUAUAGUUCAGCAUAAUUAACUUAAUUUCGACAAUUUUUCGACACUUAAUGACUUAAUAAAAUAUGAAGGCAAGUUUCCCCCACUUUAAUAUUUUAUGUUUCGAUGGAUAUUUCGAAUAGAGAUGCAAGACAAAAUUUCUUCUUGUGGGAAAUAUGACUUCAUAUAUAAUGUUUAACUUUUGUGAAUAAAUAUUGCGUUGUAACCAAAUUUCUGUGUUGUUAUGCAAAUAAAAACACAGUAAAGAAU